AUCAAGGAAGAACGCUUUCGCCACCUCUUCGCCGCCUUUGGCACGCUGACCGAUUGCUGCUUGAAAUUCACCAAGGAUGGCAAAUUCCGCAAAUUUGGAUUUAUUGGCUUUCAGUCAGAAGAAGACGCCAAAACUGCCCAGUCUCAUUUCAACAAAAGCUUCAUAGACACAUCCAGAGUCACGGUUGAAGUAUGUAAGUCUUUUGGGGAUCCAUCAAAGUCUAAAGCUUGGAGUAAACAUUCGAGUAAGCCUCAACUGUUAAAGGAAACCUCUAAAAAAUCCACAAAGAAUUCAGACCAUGCAGAAAUAAAACAAGAUGGAACAAAGAAGAAAAACAAAACGGGACAAUUGAAAGAGUUGGAAGGAGAAGCAGCAUUUCAAGACUUCUUGGCAGUACAUCAGAAAAGGUCCCAGGUUGCAACUUGGUCCAAUGACACAAAAAUCCAAGACCCCCACCAGGCUGAGGUGGUUGAAGAUUAUCUGAACUUUGAUUCCGAUGAGGACUCGAGCGAGGAGAUGGAUGCGGAGGUUGCUCAAAAGAAGGGAGAAAGCUCUCCGAGUAAGGCAGCAAUUGAGCAAGAACUCUCCGAUAUGGAUUAUCUGCGAUCCAAAGUGGUGAAGGGGGAUGAAUCCUCGCCUUCGUCGGCAGAGGAGAGCGAGGCCGAGGAGACGGACAGCGAGGCAUCUGAUGGAGGAGAGGAAGGAGAGACGGAAGGGAAGACCAGCCACCAGCCAGGCACUGCUUCUAACCCGAAGACCAAGCAGACUGGGAAGGAGAGAGUCCAGAAUCUCUCUGCAGACACCAAGGCUACAAAAAUGACGCCGCAGGAAGACAGAACAGUUCCAGCCAAGGAGCCCACCACAGCAUUCACGGUGAAGAUGCGAGGUGCCCCAUUCAAUGUCACGGAGCAAAACGUUAAAGAGUUUUUUGUGCCCCUUCGGCCCCUGGCGAUCCGGAUUGUGAGGAACGCGCAUGGGAACAAGACAGGGUAUGUAUUUGUUGAUUUUAAUACUGAGGAAGAACUACAGAAAGCCUUAAAAAGGAACCGAGAAUACAUGGGCGGUCGGUAUAUUGAGCUGUUUCCAGAAGAGCGGGGCGCUCAGGCGAAGCCCCCUGAGAAGGGGUCAGGCCAGGCCUGGCAGAGGGCCAAAAAGGAUGACGAGGAAGAAGAGGAUCUUUCGGAAUCAGGAAGGCUUUUUGUGCGGAACCUGCCUUACACCUGCACCGAAGAAGAACUGGAGGCCACCUUUUCCAAAUACGGCCCUGUCUCCGAGAUCCACUUCCCCAUGGACGGUCUCACCAAGAGGCCCAAAGGCUUUGCGUUUGUCACCUACAUGUUUCCUGAGCAUGCCGUGAAGGCCUUUGCAGAAGUGGAUGGACAGGUUUUCCAGGGCCGAAUGCUGCAUGUCUUGCCUUCCACCAUCAAGAAGGAAGAAGCGGAGAGUUCAGAUCCUGCCGGAUCGUCUUCGUACAAGAAACAAAAAGCUUCAAAAGAUAAAGCAAACAGCUUGAGCUCUCACAACUGGAACACCCUGUUCAUGGGGACAAAUGCCGUGGCAGACGCGGUGGCACAGAAAUACAACGCCACUAAAAGUCAAGUGCUGGAUCACGAAGGCAAGGGAAGCGUGGCCGUGAGGGUGGCGCUUGGGGAAACCGAGCUUGUUCAAAACGUGCGCCGGUUCCUGCUCGAAAACGGAGUCAGUCUGGAUUCCUUCAGCCAGGCUGCCGGAGAGCGGAGCAAGACGGUGAUUUUGGUGAAGAACUUGCCUGCUGCCACAAAGGCAGAGCAGCUGGAGGAGGUGUUCCAGCCUUUUGGUAGCCUCGGGCGGGUCCUGCUCCCGGAAGGAGGCGUGACCGCCAUCGUGGAGUUCCUGGAACCCACAGAAGCCAAAAAGGCCUUUACCAAGUUAGCUUACUCCAAGUUCCAGCAUAUCCCUCUCUACCUCGAAUGGGCACCCACGGGGGUCUUUUCUGGUCCCGGGAAGAAAACACCAGAGGUGGAAGAGCAAAAGGAAGGCGAGGAACAAACCCAGAGAGGUACUGAUGCUCAGAAGGAAAUGGGGGAGGAAGAGGAGGAGGAGGAGGAAGAAGAAGAAGAAGGAAGUCUUCCAGGCUGUACCAUUUUCAUAAAAAACCUCAACUUCAGCACGACAGAGGAUACGCUGAAAGAG